UUUCUAUUUGCGGUUGAUCAUUUCUUAUUGACUUGAUUCGAUCGCUAGUCACUUGACUAACCACAAAUCAUUUCAGACUUGCUUUUAUCUCAGAAUCAUUCAACUCAAUAGUUCAGAAAAACUCGGUCAAAUCUAGUCCGUAGAAUUGCUUCAGUUUUAAAAUUCAACUUUGAAUAAGUUCGUAAAGUUAAGCUCAGGCAAGAAUAAUUUUUCGAAAUGGUAGAGGCGGCAGCUGCUCCUGAAACCUCGAACGAAUGGAUUUUGCCCAAAAAAGUGGCUUCAUAUCCAGCUGUGAGCGCAACGUACAACACGGCAUCGUACUACUACGAAGCGACCAAAGGAUACAAUAGCUGGACCGAAUGGUCAGCAAAUUAUGCCGAAAAAGCCGCCGGAGCUGUGGCGCAACCUCUGUACAACGCGUCACUUCCAGUUCUGAACCGAUUUGAGCCAAAGCUUCACGAAGCCGACAAGUAUGCGGCUGGGAAGUUGGAUCAGUUGGAAGAGAAAGCGCCACUGAUCAACGAAGAACCAGCGGCUAUCUAUCGAGCUGCAAAAGACAAGACUGUUUCAACUAUCAACCAAUCUUACGUCGGUCAAGCGGUGAAUUAUGCCAUCAAGCCGGUUCUAACAGUGGCCGAGAGAUGGACUCCGGCGUCGCCGACCAAAGAGAAGCCGGAAGCUGAGACUGAAACUCCUCCCGAGAAUUCAAAUCAAUCAACUCCUGAAGAGCACGUGACCUUGCAACAGACUGUGAAGAGAGCCUAUCAGGUAGGAACGAAGUUGCAACAAAGGGCGCUGGAAAAGGCCAUGGAAAAUGUGAUAUCGCUGAGGAAGCGAAGCCAGGAGUCCUUGGAUUCCUUGCGACAUGCCGUUGACUUGAUCCAGUAUAUGAAGACCUUGGAAUCAGCAACAGGAGCUGACAAGGUGCGAGCAUUCGUAAACGAUAUCCUGGAAGAGGACGAAGAGGAUGUCGAAAAGGAACCGACAACUGAUUCUACUAAUGACAUGAACCGAAAGACUCUGGUUGUCAGCCGAAAACUGACUCGCAAACUGAAAACCGGAUACGAACUGACAAUGACUCACGCUAAACCCUACCUGAACGAAGCACUAUUCGCUAGACUGCAACAUGGACAAACUUUGCUCGAGGGCAUCCACAAGAGCUUCUCCGACGCUAAGAACCUGAAAGACGUUAGUGAUGCCUGGAUCGAAACUACAAAGAGCCACUUGGACUAUCUCUCGCAAUCUUUGAAAGACAUUUCGCAAGAGACGAUCAGUUGGUUGAGUUGGGGAAAGAGUCAAGAUUCGGGGGCUCAAGAGGGUGACUCUCGAGAAGCUUCGGGUUCAGUGUCGUCUUACGCGCCAUCGGAGUCCCUUGACGAAGACGUGGAGCCGAGACGAGAGGAAUCGAGUCGCGAGGAAUCGAGUCGCGAGGAAUUAAAUCGAGAAGAGGAAGAAGAAACCAAGAAGCUGACAGAUGACGAAGAAUACGAAGACGAUUAAAUGCAAUCAAAAACUGGUUGAGAGAAUCAUUGGGUAUUUGCAGUAAUAAUAUAUUAAGUAACCAACAGUGUCAAUUCACGCAUUUUAAAAAGUAA